AUGGCGGACCUCCCUCCAAUGGAAUAUCGCUUAUUGGGCCGGACAGGGCUCAAAGUCUCGGUCCUGGCCCUGGGCAGUUGGCUCACAUAUGAGACGGCGUUUGCCUGUCUGAAAGCGGCGUAUGACGCGGGCAUCAACUUCUUCGACACGGCAGAGGAAUACGCUGCAGGCCAGGCCGAAGUCCUGCUGGGCAAGGCCAUCAAAAAGUACGGAUGGAAGGAGAACCACCUGGUGACUUCGACGAAGAUCUGCCCUACGUCGACAUCGUCUUCACUCAUCGCCCAGACCGCCAGACUCCGAUGGAGGAGAUUGUCUGGGGCUUCAACUACCUCAUCCACACCAGAAAGGCCAUUCACUGAGGCACAUCCGAGUGGUCUGCCAGCGAGAUUGCAGACGCAUGUGGUCGAGCAGCCGCAGUACAACCUACUCAAGCACAAGCACGUGGAAAGGGAAUAUCGCUGGCUGUACAAUGCGCCUCACGGGCUGGAAUUAACCGUGUUCGCGCCGAUCAAGAUGGGCAUUCUCACGGGGAAAUAUAAUGAUAUGGCCGCAUCUUUGCCAGAUAGCAGGAUGGCAGCAGGAGACAAGCUCAACGAGUUUGUCAAGAGCUUUGCCGCAUCCUUUGGAAACAAAACCUGGCAGAAGAGACUGGCUGUUGUGGCAGGAUUGAAACCGAUUGCCAACGACCUGGAAUGUUCCCUCCCGCAGCUGGCGUUGGCCUGGGUGCUGAAGAACCAAAACGUGUCAUCCUUGAUCAUGGGCGCGUCUAGACCGGAGCAGAUUGCAGAAAACGUGCGCGCGCUGGAAGUGGCAAAGAGGUUGACGCCGGAUGUCAUGGCGAGAAUUGAGGAUGUCGUCCAGAACAGGCCAAAAGAGGAGCCGUUGCGAUUUGAGUAG